GGACUGUGCAGGUGUGCGACUGGUAUGGAGGAGUUUAGUGUGGGGAAGCCUCGAGGUCAUUCCCAUCUCUUUGAAAGUCUGUACUUUAGUUGCUGUUGGAUCACCCAUGGGUAUGGGUCUCUGGAUUUACACUGCUCUUUGUGGAUCUGCCAUUGCUGGUUUCACAGCAGCAGAUGGGACGCCGCAGAGGAGAUGUGAGUUUUAUGCCAGCUCACGCAACAUGGAGGAGGCUGUGCUGUCUGGGAGCGUGAACGGGACGGUGCAGUACUGUGGGAAAACCCAGUGCUGCAUUGGCAUCUUUCAGAUGGUCGAUGGUCAUUUCAAGCCUGAUCAUCUAGGUUGCAGUCGGCUUGGAACCCCCUGUCCGAACGUCACAUGCUCUGAAUCCACAUAUUUUAAAAACUACACAACGUGCCUGUGCGGCUCAGAUUUCUGCAACACUAACAUGACUUGGAGCCCGGGAACCCCACAGUUACAGCAGUCUGGUCCUCAGGCAGUCAGCAGAGCCGCAGUGAGCACCAUCCUGCUCAGCUUACUGAUCUGCAUCCUGAUGAUUUUGAUAUCGCUCGCUGUGGGACACGGACUGAGAACACACUUCUGCCUCCAUGAUGAGGAGGCAGCUUCAUCCAAUGAUGAUUUGAAACCCCGUUGUUCCUGUUCUAGAACCCCAAUGAUGGACAUCGACCUGGCGAACAUGAAGUUACACAAGUUUGUAGCCUCUGGUCGUUUUGGUCUUGUUUGGCAAGGUAGCUACCAAGGAGAGGAGGUUGCCUUGAAACUUUUCCCUGUGAAGAACGACCAAGAGUUCACCAGAGAGAGAGACAUUUAUUCCCUUCCCCUCAUGGUGCAUGCUGGGAUCACCCGCUUCUUUGGAGCAGGAAGAGCCUUGAGUGGGGAACCAGUGCUGGCCUUGAAACUUGCUACACAUGGUUCCCUGAAUUCCUACCUAUCAAAGGCUGUUAUUAGCUGGAAGGAGGCUAUGAGAUUAUCAAAGUCCUUGGUGGAAGGACUUGCAUAUCUUCAUUCUGACCACUUCUCAAAUGGAAUGCAUAAACCGCCUGUGGCACACAGAGACCUGAGCAGUAACAAUGUGCUGGUGCAGGCGGAUGGCUCCUGUGCCCUGUGUGACUUUGGCUGUGCCACCAUCCUGUGCCCUUGUGCCAGCCGGAGGGAGUGGCAGCACACGGCUAACACACCUCAGGAGUCUGUCCCGGUUGGCACGUUGUGCUACAUGUCUCCUGAGCUCCUGGACAGGUCUGUUGACCUGAACGGGGGCAGGUGUCUGCUGCAGGGAGAUGUCUACGCUCUGGGCCUGUUGCUAUGGGAGACGUGGAUGUGCUGCUCAGACCUGUUCCGUGGGCGACAAGAUCUGAAGCACCGCUUGCCGUAUGAGGCAGAGCUCGGACCCAAACCCACGCUGGAGCAGUUGCUUGUCUUUGUGUUCGAGAAAAGAGGACGGCCAGCAAUGCCAUCAGCAUGGGCUCGAGUUUCUCAGAUUAAGAGUUUUUCCUUGCAAGAAAUACUAGAGGACUGUUGGGAUCACGAUCCUGAGGCCCGUCUGACUGCCCGCUGCACCGCGGACCGGAUAGCCUCCCUAACCACAGACCUCUCCCUCUAGCAGCAGGGCAGCAGCAGCAUCUCUCAGGCACGGAUCCACUAUUUAAUAACAACAAAAAUGUUGUGGGGGUGAUUUGUUUGGGGUUUUUUUUUACCACUAUUGGGACUUGUUGCAUCUGCAGCAAACAAUGGCCAAACAUAGGCAAUAUUUUUCAAAGGACAAUUCCUACAGAUUUCAACAUGCUUUUGUAUUGCUCACGACUUGCCAGGCAACCAGGCUGCCGGGCAGGCUUGUGCAAAAUUCAGAAUUCGUGAUUUUAAAGGGGCACAAUGUGACGUCGUUCGCGCAGUGCCUGUGUCAAAAUCUACACAGUCAUAAAAAAAUGCUGUUUAAAUAAAGUUGCUGUGGGAAUGUUUUUCAUCACGGAAUGGCCGCAGUUGAUGCAAAUCUGAAUACAGUAUGUAGCUGUUUUUCGUAUGAGAAGUGUUCCCCACG